UUUAUUUAUAGGUAGCACGUACCAUUUCUAGUCCACUGUGCUUCUUCGAGUGUGUAUGUAUAGAGGAGAUCAUCGAUCGGCGAAGAUGGAGAAGCAGAAGCAGCAACCGGCGGAGAAGGAGUCGGAGGCCGGCGGCGUAGUACGUUACCGGGGAUGGAAGUCCAUGCCGUACGUCAUAGGGAACGAGACGUUCGAGAAGCUGGGGACGAUCGGGACGACGGCCAACCUGGUGGUGUACCUGACGACCGUCUACCACCUCCGCAGCGUCCACGCCGCCACCCUCCUCAACUUCUUCUCCGGCACCACCAACCUCGCCCCCGUCCUCGGCGCCUUCCUCUCCGACACCUUCCUCGGCCGCUACACCACCAUCGCCGCCGCCUCCAUCGCCUCCUUCCUCGGCAUGCUCCUCCUCACCCUCACUGCCGCCAUCCCCUCCCUGCACCCACCCCCUUGCACCUCCGCCUCCGCCUGCCAACCCCCCACGCACUCCCAGCUCGCCGCCCUCCUCGCCUCCUUCGCCUUCCUCGUCAUCGGCGCCGCCGGCAUCCGCCCCUGCAACCUCGCCUUCGGCGCCGACCAGUUCGACCCCUCCACCGACUCCGGCCGCCGCGGCAUUGCCAGCUUCUUCAACUGGUACUACUUCACCUUCACCGUCGCCAUGAUGCUCUCCGCCACCAUCAUCAUCUACCUCCAGAGCAACGUCAGCUGGGCGCUCGGCCUCGCCGUCCCCGCCGCGCUCAUGGCCCUCUCCUGCGCCCUCUUCUUCCUCGGCACCCGCCUCUACGUCCGCGUCCGCCCCGAGGGCAGCCCCUUCACCAGCUUCGCGCGUGUCCUCCUCGCCGCCGUCCGCAACCGCCGCGCCCCCGCGCCGGCCUCCCCCGACGACCUCUUCGACCCGCCGCACCAAAGCAACCUCGUCGCCAAGAUCGCCUACACAGACCAGUUCCGGUGCCUGGACAAGGCAGCGCUGGUCACGACGCCGCCAACGGCGACCCCGUGCACGGUGCAGCAGGUGGAGGAGGUGAAGUGCCUGGCGCGGGUCAUCCCGGUGUGGUCGGCGGCGAUCGUGUACUUCAUCGUCAUCACGCAUCUGGGCACGUACGUGGUGUUCCAGGCGCUGCAGAUGGACCGCCGCCUCGGCCGCUCCGGGUUCGAGGUGCCGGCGGGCUCCAUGGUCGUCUUCAACAUGAUGGCGCUGACGGUGUGGAUCCCGGUGUACGACCGCGUGGUGGUGCCGGCGCUGCGGCGGCUCACGGGGCGGGAGGGAGGCAUCACCCAGCUCCAGCGCAUCGGGGUCGGCCUGGUCAUGUCGGUGGCGACGAUGCUGGUGGCGGCGGCGGUGGAGCAGCGUCGCCGGCGGGUGGGCGCGGCCAUGUCCUUCUUCUGGCUGGUGCCGCAGCAGGUGGUGGCCGGCAUGUCGGAGGCGUUCGCGGCGAUCGGGCAGACGGAGCUGUACUACAAGCAGUUCCCGGAGAACAUGAGGAGCGUGGCGGGGGCGCUCUUCUUCCUUGGGAUCGCGGUGGCGAGCUACGCGAGCGGGUUCAUGGUGGCGGCGGUGCACCGGACGACGGGCUGGCUGGCGCAGGACCUCGACGACGGCCGCCUCGACCUCUUCUACCUGAUGGUGGCGGCCAUCGCGGCGGUCAACGUCGGCUACUUCUUCAUCUGCGCGCGCUGGUACAGGUUCAAGAACACCUCCUACUCCAUCUCCAUGGACGACGUCGAGCUGCCUGAUUAUCAGGGAAGCAGCAACACCAUAGCCUCCUCCAAGGUUUAACAAAUUAUUUAUUUAUCCAAUAUAUAUAAAUAUAUAUCUAUAUAGUUGAUACAUAUAAAUUAGUAGGAGUAUUAGAUUUACUUUUGUCCCAGCUUGUCUAGAGAAAUAAGAUACUUUUGAGACAGAGGUAAUACUAGGUAUAUGUGUAGCAUAAUACUGGGGAUGGAAUACAGGGAGAUGAGAUCGACUA